AACACAACGGCAAACACCUUGAAAACUUUACAUAAUUCAAAUAAUAUUGCAAAUGCUGCAAAUUCUAUAAUCAUAUCAAAAGAUGAAUCAACGUUGCAUAACUCAAAAGAAAAAGUUAUUGAAUCUAUUGAAUUAGAGUUAGAUAAUAUGGAUAGUAUUAUAAGCAAUAAGUCUAAUAAGGCCCAGCAUCUAAAACAAGCUUUUAUAAAUACAACUCAAAAAGAUAAUGAAGUUAGUUAUAAGCUAUCACAAGAAUUACCAACUUAUUCAUUUCAAGAUAUUGAAUUAAUAUAUAAGUAUCUUGAAA